ACUGUGACCUGGACCCAGGCCCGGGCCCGGCUAUCAGCCAUGUGCUCUCCUCUCGGUCGGUACGCUUUCCAGUCGAGAUUGUGAGACGGAACGCUUCGUUCGCACGUUGCGCUACCAUUGCGCUCGCCGUUUUUUUGUUCAAUACGAUCCACGACCGACGACGAUCCACCGAGGAUGACGUUCGCAAAGCGGCACACUGCUGUAUGGUUUGUUGGUGGCGAUAGAAGUGCGUAAUAGUUUGCAACUGCAACACUGUGCCGCGGAGUCCGAUGAUAUUGUUGAACGUUGUUUAGUGGGGUAGAAUUCAACAGCAGUGAAAUUGAGUGGAUUUGUGUUGGAAGAAUGCUGCGUUGUCAAAAACUAGAAGAAGAAUCUGCACGAUUUCUAGUCGAAGAGUGCUAUCAUGAGGAUUAGAGUUAAAUAAGUGACAAGGUUGAAUUGUGUCUAAGAGUGACAUUCGAGCACGAGAUUAAAGCUGAAGUUUGUGACGAUUGAAAUCUUGAAGGUAGAGUUCUCGCCGACGGGGAUUUCGAUUACAGUGCAAGUACCUACCGCCCGCAUAAGUACUUCUCGGUGCAGCCGAAGAAAUGCCACACACCGGCCAAGCAGGUGUCAACCAACUCGGCGGCGUAUUCGUUAACGGAAGGCCUUUGCCGGACAUAGUCCGACGGCGGAUAGUGGAGCUAGCUCUGAUGGGUGUACGACCUUGCGACAUUUCGCGUCAGCUCCUGGUAUCCCACGGAUGUGUAUCGAAAAUUCUGACCCGGUUCUACGAAACUGGUUCGAUACGACCUGGUUCGAUCGGGGGCAGCAAAACUAAGCAAGUGGCCACUCCGACGGUGGUUAAGAAAAUUCUCCGCUUCAAGCAGGAAAAUCCGGGCAUGUUCGCGUGGGAAAUCCGCGACCAGCUACUAGCGCAACGAAUAUGUGAUCCCAACACGAUACCGUCGGUCAGCUCGGUCAAUCGGAUACUACGGAACGGGGGCCUCUGGACGGACGAUAUGACGUCUAAUGAGCAAAUGAUGCGCGAUUCAUCCCCUUCAUCGUCGUACAUGACAUCCAAGGCGAUGUCUCAUCCACUGUACAGUCAAACCUUGGAGCAGCAUCAUGCGCUCCUAAACCAGUACCGCUACAGCAUGGCAUCUGCAGUAUCUCCCGGCGCCAAACCGAUCCAUCCGCAUCCUUACAAUAGUAACCAGGUACCAGCAAAUCCUCCGAUCCAGAGAACAGCAGCCGUCAACAUCAUACAGCACGAGGGCAUUACGCCAACCAAAGUGGAUCCCAGCAAAUAUCAGCAACCCGCUGUGGCUCUAGUUUCCUCUCCGAAAAACGAGUCCAAAGGUGAACCUUGCUCUUCAGCUGGUGCAACGGCAAACCUAUCACCCCAGAUGUCCUACCUACCGAAACACUGGAUCUGGAAUACCAGUCUCUUCUACGCUGCCAACCGAAAUGUGGCAGCUGGCACCGAUCCGUCCGGUGCGUUCCCUCACGGUUACUUCACCUAUGGAAACCCUUUCGUCACUUCGGGAGGAUUUACAAUUCAACGCGACGCUUACCGGAACGAUGGAACCAGUUCGAACACUAGUUCUUCGCCGGUACAAAUCACCGACGUGAAUUCGGAUGAUUCAUCCGACAACCAUGACGAUCUCAGGAACAGCAUAUCCAAAAAGCGCAACCCGUACUCAAUCGAGGAACUGCUCAAGAAACCAGAAAAACGUCAAAAACUGGACUCAGUGACCAUAACCUGCGUAUCACAGCGAUCCCCUUCUCCGUCGCCGUCGAAAUCAGCUUCACCUCCCGUGUCCCAUUAUCUGGUUCCGCUCGACGAAAGUAUCAGUCUGGUCAAAUCUAAGCCAGAACAUCUCGGUGAAAAUAUUGAAAUUUGUGAUUAAGCAAGCUGUUCAUCCCCACCCCACUUGCCAUCUAAACCCUUAGCGUUUGUUAUACUAGUGUUACGUACGUACUGUUAUCUUAGGAGAAUCUCACUGUACAUAGAGACGCCAGCCCGUAGUCGUUAGUUGCUAGGAGUAAGCCUAAUUUAUUGACAAAAAGUCGUAUAACAAAAUCACUAAACGUACUGCUUCAUACAGAGAAGAAUAAUAAAAAAGACUCAUCCUAAAAAUAGUAUGUGAAUAGUAGCAAUCAAAAAAGAAUGAUUCGAAAAACAAACUAAUUGUUCCAAUAAACAGCCGAAGCGAAUUACU